CAAUUGUUGUUGCUUCGUAUCUUGUCUUGACCAUUUUCGGGAACCGAAACAAAACCGAAUCUCCGUUUUAUUUAUUGAUUGGCCGAAGACGGACAACUUGCUUUCAUCUCGGCGGAGUGAAUACCCACACAACUAUGGCUCGUUUUCCGUUGGCUUCCUCCGUCGUCGUCCUGCUCUUCUGCUGCGCCGCCGCUGGAUCAGUCUUCGAUGACUCCAAUCCGAUCAGAUUGGUCUCCGAUGGCCUCCGUGACUUUGAGUCCUCUGUCCUCCAAGUCAUUGGCCACACCCGCCAUGCUCUCUCCUUUGCCCGUUUUACUCAUAGGUACGGGAAGAGGUAUGAGAGCGUGGAGGAGAUGAAGCUCCGAUUUCAGAUUUUCAAGGAGAAUUUGGAUUUGAUCAGAUCCACGAACAAGAAGGGCUUGCCUUACACUCUUGCUGUUAAUCACUUUACUGAUUGGACCUGGGAGGAGUUUCAGAGGCACAGAUUAGGAGCUGCUCAAAAUUGCUCUGCCACGAUGAAGGGCAAUCACAAGCUUACCCAUGAAGCCCUUCCUGAGAUGAAAGAUUGGAGAGAAAUGGGAAUAGUCAGCCCAGUCAAAGAUCAAGGGCAUUGUGGAUCAUGCUGGACAUUCAGCACCACUGGGGCUCUGGAGGCAGCUUAUCAUCAGGCAUUUGGAAAGGGGAUCUCUUUAUCUGAGCAGCAGCUUGUAGACUGUGCUGGGGCCUUUAAUAACUUUGGAUGUAACGGUGGUUUGCCAUCCCAAGCCUUUGAAUAUAUCAAAUAUAAUGGAGGUCUUGAAACCGAGGAGGCAUACCCUUACACUGGAAAAGAUGGUGAAUGCAAAUUCUCAUCAGAAAAUGUUGGUGUCCAGGUGGUUGAUUCUGUGAAUAUCACACUGGGUGCUGAAGAUGAAUUAAAGCACGCAGUUGCCGUCGUUCGACCAGUUAGUGUGGCAUUUGAAGUUGUGAAUGGUUUCCGAUUUUAUAAGAGUGGAGUUUACACCAGUGAUACAUGUGGCAGCGAUCCUAUGGAUGUGAACCAUGCUGUUCUUGCUGUUGGGUAUGGAGUUGAAAAUGGUGUCCCAUAUUGGCUCAUUAAGAACUCAUGGGGAGAAACCUGGGGGGAUAAUGGCUACUUCAAGAUGGAGAUGGGGAAAAACAUGUGUGGAAUUGCAACAUGUGCAUCAUACCCUGUUGUUGCCUGAUCCGAUUCUGAAGAAUUUGCUGCAUCCGAUCAUUGAUUGGUAUCGUUUGUAGAAAUGGUCUUAUUUAUCAAUCCCAAAAGGUGGAGGGUCACAGUCUAGCAUAUGCCUUUGGCUUCGUGUAUGAUACUGUCAAAGGCAUAUCCCUCUAAAAUUUAAAUGCAUUGAAUGCAGCCAAAAAUUAUGAUGUAAAUUUCAGAUUAUUGUUGCUUAUAACCACACCCCAGUACAGUAGGAACCGACGUAUUGCUGCUUCUAUUUGCUCAAUAAAUGAUGCAUCCUACUUUUGGGGUGUGUUUCUCUGGUAUCUUAAUGGAAUGUUUUGCACGGCUGCGCCUGCGAGCAUUAGUAUUUAGUC